AGUAUGGAAGUGAGAGGCCGAUCAAAAACAAUAAUAAUAAUAAAUAAAAACCCUCGCUGGUUAGGCAAUCACUUCUCCUUUCUUCCAAAACCCCCGGUAAAACCCAGAAAAACCAUCGGAAGUCCCACCACCGAAGCCCAAAACCCGCGGCGCUUGCCAUGGCUCGCCUCUUCCUCCCCGCUCGGAGGCUCCUCCUCCUGAAAACGUCAGCUCCUCCUCCUCCCACCGCCGCCCUCUCCAUCCGCUCCUAUAUCUCCGAGAUGCGCCGCUCCGCUUUCAAAGAGAACCUCCUCCGCGUCCUCCGCACCGAGAUCGCCUACGAGGCCGAAUCCCGGCCCCCCCUCCCGCCGGCGUCGAGCUUCGAGUCGUUCGCCGUCGACGACCGUUCCGGCGAGCAGUGGAUCCGGAUGACGCGGAAGCAUGGCCGGGAGGACGUCAAAAUCGAUGCCACCAUGUUCGAUGGCGCCGCCCCGUCGAAGAGGUCGGCGACGGCGGUGGCUGAUGAGGCCGAUGCCCGCCUUCACAUUAGUCUUUUAGUGGAGGUCUCGAAGGGUGAGGCCUCCGAUUAUGUCCUCCAGUUCGUCUGCUCGGCCUGGCCGGAUUCUAUUGACGUUGAGAAGGUCUUCCCGCUCCGCCGGGGCCCUGCCGCUCCCCGGCCUUACAUGGGGCCCGACUUCAAGGAAUUGGAUGAGGAGCUGCAGAGUGCGGUGCGGGAGUACUUGGAGGAGAGGGGGUUGAAUGAUGAUCUUGCGGAGUUCUUGCACGGGUACAUGGCGAAUAAGGAUAAGACCGAGCUUCUCCGGUGGUUGAGAAAUGUUGAGUCUUGCAUCAAGAAAUAGAGAGGUUAUCAAGACAUGAUUUCCAGAACAACUGCAAUUUGAAUUCCUCUAAGCAUGGCUUGAUCCAUAGCAUCCAUAGGAUUGGAAGCUGAAAUUGUAUCUGCAAAAGUCAGUACCAAACUUUCAAACUAGUGCAUCUUCUGUUUUGUUCAUUGUAAUUAUUGCUACUUUGAUUGGGGGCUGUGUGAUUUUUCUAAAUCAGAUAAAUAUAAAACAUAGUUUUUGUAAACCUGUUUUAUGAAAAACAAGAGGUGGGGGAGGGGUUAAAAAACUCAUUCAGGUUUUAUGACUUUCCAGUUUUGACAAAACGAAUUUUGUGGAAAAUAUUCCAACAAUUAUUUUUGUAAAUUCAUUCAUUUAAAUUUUUUAUGAACUUGUUUUAGUAAAACUUGUCAACCAAACAGCACUGGUUGAUGCGUUUGUGUUUCUGUCAAAGGGCUUUUUAAAUACACACACGUGCUUUAAUAAUCUCCUGUUAAGCAUAUUCAUGAUGCUUGCUUAUUAUGCUAGAAUUGUUUUAGAGAUCUACACUUUUGCAGAUCUUUCACCUGCUCUAUUGCAUAUCGUCUUUGAAAGCACUGAACAACCACGAGAGGUGAUCCUGCAAAGCUAUAAUAUUAUGUUCUUUGUUUCCUAUUGAUAUCUAAUGCACACUUGCUUUGAAUCAAUAUUUUUCUUAGGGAUAUUCACUAAAAAUUUCCAUGGGACUGUCACU